AUGUCGAUUUUGGACGAAGAAAACAUCGAAUCCGAUUAUUCGGAUAAUGAUGAACAAUACACCAAGUUAUUAAAUUCUGUUUCUCAACUUGACAGUUCUCAAAGGGUAAAACCAGCAUCUAGAAAAGAAGUUAGUACGGAAGUAUCUGAAUACACUUUACAAAAAAGUGCUCCUGAUUCAAAAUUAGUCAAUGUUAGUGAAUUGGCUGAUGUAUUACGACAGAAAACAAAACAUGUUGCCAUUACAAAUAAAGUUUCUAAAGUCACAGAAAAAUCUAAAACUUUGCCAAAACCAUUAGAAAAAACUGCAGAAGAUAAAUUGAAAAGGAUAAUAGGUUAUGAAAAUGUUAAAAAUCAAGUACAGCGAUGGGAUGCUGUCGUUAUGAGAAAUAAAUUUAAAGAUCAAUUAAAUUUUCCAUUAAAAAGUAGUCAUUUGAAACUUGUAAACAGCAAUGAUUUUCUAAAACAAUUUAGGACUGCGACUCCAUUAGAAGCUGAAUUAGACAAAGUUUUAAAACCGGAUAAUUCAGUCGAACAACAAAAAGGGGAUGAUUCCGAUUUUCCACUUACUUUGGAAGAAAUGCUUGAUAAAAGAAAAGAAAUGGCUAGAUUAAGAGCAAAAUUAUCAUAUAGAGAGGCUAAAGCUCAACGACAAAACAAAAUCAAAAGUAAAAAAUAUCAUCGAAUUUUAAAAAGAGAAAAAUUAAAACAACAGUUGAAAGAAUUUGAAAUCCUUCAAAAAACUGAUCCUGCAAAAGCUUUGGAAAAAUUAUCGGAAUUAGAUAAAACAAGAGCUUUAGAAAGAGCUUCUUUGCGACAUCGAAACACCGGUCAAUGGGCGAGAAAUAUGAGUGUACAAGCUAAAUAUGAUGUUGAGAGUCGGAAAAUCUUGGCCGAACAGUUGCGAAUGAGCAGAGAACUGACACAGAAAGUGCAAAUGGAAAACAGUAGCGAUGAAGAUGAAAACAAUUUAAAUGAAGUUACAACUGAUGAAAAAACAAAAAAUUUAAUAGUUUCAGAGGAUAAUCCUUGGGCAUUAAAUGUUUCUAAAGAAGUCGAAGACUUUGUCAGCGGAUACAAAAAGUUUUGGAGUGAAAAAAAUAAAGAAAACGAUAAAGAAAUAAUGAACCAGGGCGACAAAAUACCUGAAAACGAAUCCCUUUCGGAGGAUUUCAACACAUGCUCUGAUGACAAAAAUAGCAAAUUUAAUGAAAUUGACGAUGGUAACAAUGUAUCAUUAAAAAACAAUAAUGAAAAUACGAAUAAGGAAACAAAUUCUAAAAAGAAAGAUCAAGGUGUUAUACAUCAAAUAGAAUCAACAAAUGAUAAAAUGAACUUAGAUAAUGAAAAUGUAAGUAAAGAAUUUAAAAAAGAAAACAAUAAGAGUGUGGAAAAUAAAAAAAUAAGAAAUACAUCAGGAGAUGUUAGUUUAAAGAAAGAGGAGUUUAUACAAUCUACUGAUUCGCUUGAUACGAAUAAUAAAAUUAUUGCAGGAAAAAAUAAAAUUAAUGAUAAGAAUAGUUUAGAUAAGCCAAAAAAAAAUGAUAUGACUAAUAAAUUGACGAAUAAUUCAAAUAUUUUGAAUCAGAAUAAAAUUAGUCCUAAAAAGGUAAAAAAUAAAUCAGAAGUCGAUUCGAAUAAGACUAAUAAUGAUAAUAGUUUAAAUAAAAUUUCAAUGAUAUCCGUUCGUCCUACUUCAGGAAUGUGGUUAAUAACAUCUGUCGAGUCGCCUGUUGAUAAAAAAUCAGAAGGAAAAAAAAAUGAUAAGAAAAGGAAAUUGGAAAAUAUAAACAAUUUAUUCGAUGAUUUAGAAGAAAAAAUGAGUCGAAAAGUAUCGAAAAAGGUCAAAUUAAUUGAUAAAAAUCUUAAAAAAGAUGUUGGAAAAAAAUCUAAUAAAAAUAAGAGAAAAAAAAAUGCUUGCGUUGCUAAGAAGGAAUUUAGGGAUGAGAAAAUAAAAAAUUCAUUCAGGCAUUCGAAAGACUCACUCAGACCAGAUUUAGAUGUUGGACUGUUGGAAGGAACAAACGAGGAAGAAAAUUUACGAGAUGUAAAAACUACAGCUGAAAUCGGGAAUGUCGAUAAUUUGUUAAAUAUUGAACCCGAAAUAAAUCCAGAAAAUUUUAUUAAACUUAAACCGAAAAAAUUAGGGAUACGCGUUCCUGAAAAUAUGGAAACCGUCGAAGAUGAUGCAGAUGAUGAAACGCGACAACUUCGAAUGAUUGAAGUUGCUUUCGGAGAUGAUGACGUUUUAGCAGAGUUUUCAGAAAUAAAAGAAAAAGAAGAUGAUAAAACGGAAAUUGAAAUGUCUGAAGAAUUACCCGGUUGGGGGAAUUGGGGUGGUGAAGGAAUCGUAGAAUCCGAAAGAAAGAAAAAAAAAGGCUUUGUGAAAAAAAGUGUAAAAUUGCCAAAUAGAAAAGACAAAAAAAAACCGGAUAUGAUAAUUAACGAAAAAGAAAAUCCUAACAUAAGAGAACAUUUGGUAAAAUUUGUUCCGUAUCCGUUUAAAAAUGCAGAAGCUUUCGAAUCUCAUCUUCGAGCUCCCAUCGGCCGUGAAUGGGUACCCGAAACUGCUCAUCGUAAGCUCAUUCAAAAACCCAUCGAAACAAAAUUAGGUACCAUUAUUGAACCCAUGGAUGAAAAUGAAAUUAUUGUUAAAAAGAAAAUGGCCAAAUCACCCUACGUUGGUAAAAAAAAAAAAAAUGAUGAUAAAAAAUCUUGA